GUUCAGUCGUUGUGUGUCUCUGUUCUUCAUCGCGCCGCCCUUUUGUUUUUGUUUUCGUGAAAAUGGCCGUAAAUAAAACGUACAUUAGUGUCGGCUACGCGUCGUGCGGUUUGCUCAUGGGCUUCUCUGCUUUCGUGGUGUGGAACAUCGUGUUCAAACAGCCGUGGACUGCAGCCAUGGGAGGACUGUCAGGUGUGCUGGCACUUUGGACCCUGAUCACUCACAUCAUGUACCUGCAGGAUUACUGGAGAACGUGGCUGAAGGGCCUCAAGUUGUUCUUCUUCAUCGGGAUUUUCUUCUCUCUGCUGGCAGUCGUGGCCUUCAUCGUCUUCUUGUCUGUUGCCAUCAGCAACAGAGAAUCACUGACUGACCCUCAGAGUCUCUACCUGUCGUGUGUGUGGAGCUUCAUGAGCCUGAAGUGGUCCUUCCUGCUCGCCUUAAGCGCUCACCGCUACCGCAAAGAGUUUGCCGACAUCAGUAUCCUCAGUGACUUCUGAGGCCGUUCAACACUCUUAGACUCUACAGCACAAUUACUGUGCUGACUUCCCCGCACGUAAGUGUCACAGCGUGGGAGAAAGAGCAGCACGCCUGAGGAGGAAUCACGGCAGAGUUUAAAAUAUUUGUGGACGAGCAGGGGUGUCUCUCCCAAAACCUCCUCCUCUGCCUUGUGAGCGGGAUUUGUUGCCGACUUCACAGACGAAUCCGUCUCGUGUCCCUCGACUCUUGAAGGUUUUUACUCUGUUUUGUUCUGCAUCUGCACACAUUCUUCCUGACAAAACAAUUUAAAUAGUUUUCAUGAUUUUUAACCAGUGAUGCGAGUCAUCUCGACAUGUUGCUAGUUGCAGUUGUAGCCACUAGAGGGAGCCAUUUGUCCAUCAAGUAAAUACAGCAUGAACUGAAGUGUACCUGUGGUUGACAUCCCAACUGUACGGUAUUACUGUGUGUUUUCUGUAUUUUGUAUGUUUUCUUGUACCAGUGCAAUUAGAAGUGUGUGUGUGUGUGUGAAAAACAAUGCUUUUAAAAGCAACAGCAACAAAUUAUCUCAAAACCCUGCAACGUUAUAGUUAAUGGGUUCAUGUGCAAUUACAAAUACAAACCACAUGUCCUCAUUUAAUCAGUUUAACCAUAAAGGGGCAUUUUUAAUGUUAAGAUUGAUUUUUGCAUUAUUAUAAUAAUAAUUAUUAUUAUUAUUAUUAUUCAUCAAAAUGAGCAUAUGAGAAACCUUUCAACUGAGAUAAAUCUGAAGAUGCACAACACUUUAUGUUUAUGUUCCAUAAUUAUUUUAUCCGUGUCAAAAUCCUGAAUUUUGUUCCUUUUAAUUAGAUUAUUUUUGUCGUAUCGCCUUUAAAUGUUUAUAUCUGGUUACUGCCAUUUUGGAAAUGAAUAUGAAAUUGCAUAUCACUUGAUGGAGCGUUGUCUGUCUGUUAAUAAAAAAUAUGUUUUUUGACA